UAUGGAUCAGAUUAAAGGAUUAGUUGAGCUUAAAUAACUAUUAUUGAAAUUAAUAUUGUAUCUUUACUACAAUAUUUAAACAAACUUCCACGUUUGAGAUGUAUGGGUCAUCAUCCAAUAGAAAUCUUCGUUAUAAAAUCACGUGGUGGCUGGGAUAAUUUUAAUUAAGCAGUUCAUUGAUUUGCUGUUAAGGGGGAUUGUCAAUUGUAAACAAGUUCGCGUCAUUUGGACUCUUUUUGAAUUAUUUAAUAUAGAUUAUCACCAAUAAAGUUCCAUCGAUUAGAGUUAUAUUGAUGAUAAAACCGUCCAUUCUUAGCUGGGUGGUAGAUUCAUAUAAAACUAGUCGGGGGCGACUUCUGUUCGGAUAUAAAUUGAUUAAACAUUUCAGAUUCCGUGUUUUAGUUUUUCCUUACAUCGGUGGACGAUCAGUUAACUUUUUAAUUCUUGUGACAGUUUUUACAUCAACAUGAUAAUUGCAAAUUUUCGUCUCUAGCUCUUUAGAUAACAGAGGAUUGUGUUUUGUCACUAACAGAUAAUAUUUUUAACCACAUAAAAAAACUUUCUAAAUUUUAAUUUAAUUCCGGAGAAUGGUGUCAAAGCUUUUUUGGUUACUGGUAUCAACCCUGAUAUCUUUAGGCAUUUGUACCCAGAAGAGAGCACUACCGGAUCCUAAAUCAUUUGAUGGAAUGAUGGCAGCCAUUUCUUUACCCACAAUGCAACAAGAGAACUUCCAGAAAAUGUGUUUACAAAAUAUACCAACACAGGUUUUACUUCAAGAAGUUUAUACUCGAAUGGGAAAAGAAGAUGCAAUGAGUAAAACAUUUCCCGAACCUGUUGAUCCCAUCGAACCAGAAUUACAACGGACAUCACAUGAGGAUAGUAGUAUCAGGACACAAAAACGUAGGGGAAGAAAUCGAAUUUCCGGAUUUUACAGUAAUUGGUAGACAAACUUUAAAAGAUUCUACCACUGAGAACAAUAAAGAAAUCUCUGUGUUAUUAAAGUAUUUAUGAUGUAUGCUCGUUAAAUAAAUGAUAAAUGCAUAA